AUGGCUUCUAUUGCUAAAAAUUUGGUGCAGUUUCCAUGUGGACGACUCUUAAAUAAAAACAAGAAACACGAAGAGAAACUAGUCAUGCUCACCAAUCAGUCAGAAGAUUCUGAAAGAUGUGAAAGCAUGGAGCUGGAUAAUAAAAUCUGCGAUCUGAUUGAGAGGAAUGCUUCUCCUGAUCCCAGAGGGGUCACCCCGGGGCCAAUGCCGAGUCACAGAAGUCCGUGUUCUGUGAAGACUCCAGGAAAGCCAGCUUCCGUGACACAUUUCCUACAGUCCACAACUAGAAUGAGUGGUACAGAAAGUUCUACGGAGCAUGCAGAGUGGACUCAAUCAUCGAGAAGAAAGAACUUAACAAAUUCCCUUGAACAAAAGAUAAGGUGCCUGGAAAAACAGAGAAAAGAGCUCCUGGAAGUUAACCAGCGAUGGGAUCAGCAAUUUAGAAGCAUGAAAGAGUUAUACGAAAGAAAGGUCGCAGAGCUGAAAACGAAACUGGACGCCGCAGAAAGCUUCCCAGGCACGCUGGGGAAGGAGCUGCCGCAGAGCCAGAGGGAGAGCGACCGGCAGCAGCGCGAGGAGAAGGAAAAGGAGAGCCUAAAUGAAGAAUUACAUGAAUUGAAGAGAGAGAAUAAGCUUUUGAAGGAAAAAAAUGCUCUCGCGAACCAGAAGAAGCAACAUUUUGAAUGCGAAAUAAAACGCCUCAAUAAGGCCCUUCAGGAUGCCUUGAAGAUGGAGUGUUCUUCAUCUCCUGAGGACUGUUUGGGGAAGUCUGAAAUGGAGUGCAGCCAUGAGGAGAUGAGAACAGAAAUGGAAGUUCUCAAACAGCAGGUGCAAAUAUACGAAGAAGACUUCAAAAAGGAGCGAUCAGACCGAGAAAGACUUAAUCAACAAAAAGAGGAGCUACAGCAAAUUAAUCAAACUUCUCAAACCCAGUUGAACAGGCUGAAUUCUCAGAUAAAAGCUUGUCAGAUGGAGAAAGAAAAACUAGAAAGGCAAUUAAAACAGAUGUAUUUCCCAACCAGUAACUACGGCUGGAAUUUCCACCUGCGGGAUCCAUGCCUACCGACAGGCCCUGGGGCUGUGCAGGAUCUACAGAGGUUCCCACCAGACUAUCAGUGGUAUGCUCCCGACCUGUUUCCGCCAGAUGUGCAGGACAAGGCGAAUGGUUUCUCCUCAGAAAAGAAAGCCAAUGCGUAGAAGCGCACGCUGUUGGAGGAGCACACAGGCCGAGGGAGAGCUUGGCUGAGGGCCCUCGUUCCUCUUCUUACUGUGGCUUGUGUCCGCCACACCUGCACAUCACCUCCGCCACUGCUUAUACCUGGUAAUGUUUCCCUUUGGCACGGAUGGAGGACAAGGCUGUGCCAGCUGAGAUCCUGAUCAAGUCUUAGGGGCCAAAAUUAUACAACCUAUCACAGCUUCCAGCUUCCUCAAAAUGAGAUUUGGUUGAUGGAUGAGGCACCACGCCUGAAACUCUCUUCAGCACAUUGCUGUUGGACUCACAGGGAUGACUUCAUGAUUUCAGCAGCUCCAUUUGCAGUGCAGUAAUAUUGUAUGUUGAUUUAAAUAUGUGUUCCCUGGGGGAAAAGUUUCUGCGGUAGUAAGAUUUUAACAUUGCUCCCAUUCUUUUUAUCGGGGCUUAGUUCUUUAGCCAGUUUAUCUA